AUGGCCGGCCUCGAACCCCCGCCUAAGCGGGCGCGGCUGGCGCCGCCCACCUCGGCCUCUGCCGAGGGUAUGCCCGGCACGGUGCGGACGAUGGAGCUCGUCGCGCGCUUGCCCGGGGGCGACGGGGCCCUCGCCGGCGCCGUCGCCGGGUCGCCGCUGUCCCUGGGCUUCGCGUCGGGCGUCGCCGCGGGCUGCGCGCCGCCGGGCGCCGCCACGCCGACGGUCUUCGUCGUCGACCGGGGGCGGAAGCGCGUCAUCAAGCUCGACGAGUCGGCGGCCGUGUCCGACGGCGACGGCGACGGCGACGCGCCGGGCGACGGCGCGUCGCCGCGGCCCGUGACGGCGAGCGAGGCCUGGCGGAGCGCCGAGGUCGUGCUCCCGCAGAUGGUCGCCCUCGCCGCCGUCGGGCCCGGCGCCGCGUCGAGCCGCCUCGUCGUCACGGACAGCCGCCGCUGCCGCGUCGUCGAGGUCUGCGGCGCGUCCGGGCGCGUGCUCCGCGUGCUCGCGGGCUGCGGCAUGUCCGGCGGCCGCGACGGCCGCGCGGACCGCGCGACCUUCGCCGGGCCCUGGGGCGUCGCGGCGCACCCGGCGACGGGCGACGUCUACGUGUCCGAGUACUUUGGGUGCAAGAUCCGCGUGAUCCGGCGCGGCGACGUGACGACGCUGGCGGGCAGCGGGCCCCGGGGCGGCCGCGCCGACGGCGUCGGGCCCGCGGCGUCCUUCGCGGGGCCGCGCGGCGUCUGCCUCGACGCCGCGCGGAACUGCCUCUACGUCGCCGACAGCGGCAACCACUGCGUGCGGCGCCUCGACCUGGCCUCCGGCGCCGUGACGACGGUGGCCGGCGACGGCACGCGGGGCUACGCCGACGGCGACGCCGGCGGCGCGCGCUUCGACGAGCCCACGGCCGUCGCGCUCGACGCCGACGGCGCGCUCUACGUCGCGGACCAGGAGAACCGGCGCGUGCGCUGCCUCCGGGGCCGCACGGUGUCGACGCUCGCCGGCGGCGGCGCCGGCGACUCCGCCGACGGCGUCGGCGCGGCCGCGUCCUUCUCCGCGCCCAACUCGCUCCACCUCUGCCCGGAGAUCCGCCGCCUCUACGUCGGCGACAAGCAGUGCGUCCGCGUCGUCACGCUGCCGGACCUCGCGGCGGCGCCCGACGCCGCGAGCCGCCGCGCCGCGAACCUCGCGGCCGCGCCGCGAAACGGCGACGCCGGCGACGGGCUGCCGCCGUGCCCGCCGGACGCGGACCCGACGGCCUGCGUCUGGUGCGGGCCGCGCGCGCCGGCGGGCGAAGGCGCCGACUAA